AUGCGUAGGUGCAUGGAACUGGCAUUUAACCUGACGGCAUGUCAGCUGUCAUUCUGCUGUUCGUCAAUUCCCGUAGGUGUGGUAUUCAGAAUGGCUUCGUCUAGGCGACUUCAGAAGGAACUUUCGGAUCUGAAGUCGUGUGGAGUGAAGGCUUAUGAAAGCGUUGAAUAUGACGAGUCAAAUCUUCUCCACUGGACUGUGCUUUUGGUCCCUGAUAAAGAACCAUACAACAAAGGCGCCUUCAAAGUAAAUAUUGAUUUUCCUGCCGACUAUCCUUUUAAACCACCAAAAAUCACUCUUGCAACGAAGAUAUACCAUCCAAAUAUUGAUGACAAAGGACAAGUUUGCCUUCCUAUCGUGGACCCUAACAACUGGAAACCUGCUACGCGUACCGAACAAGGUAACCGAUUUCCUUAAUC